AUGGCGACAGCAUAUCCCGCUGUGACCGACGAGAACGGCACCGUCACGUCUUUCAUAGCGCUUCCGACCGCCUUCACACCACCGACGAGCUGUUCGACCAUCUAUCGCCUCAACGGCUUCUCUCUCGCAGCGUAUGACCCAGGUUAUGGCAUCGACAUUGACACCAGAGUACGAUGUGCGCCGCCAGCAGUCACAACGUGGUGGGAGCAAGGACGCCUCGGCCUCAACGACGGCGAGGGCCAUACUGCCGUUAGUAUCGGGCCUCUGGUAUGUCCUGAGCGCUGGGUGACGGUUGCGACGUCGAUCAAAAACGAUACGAGCAGUACACUUGCCAUGUGCUGCCCACAAGGUAUUGCCGGUUCGGUCGAAGGAGACUGCCGUUCAGAUCUCCUGUCCGGAGCAGUGAUCACCUAUGCAUCAACAUCCGCUCCAGAUACUUCAAGCUGGACAAUGGUGACGUCAACCCUCACCCAACCAGGUUUCGUUGGUGCCAUCGCAGUGCUGGGAUGGAAUAUCGAAGAGACAGCAGCCACUCCAAUAGCAAGAGUCACUGUCACUGACGCAACUCCAACACCCACAAACGCAGUCAAUGUCAAUACCCCCGCUCUGCCUCGAGAGACUGCAUCGACCACGACACUUUCGCCCUCAGGAGCGACAUCGACGCCCGAGCCCGCAGCCCUCCCGUUGACGACCGCCAUUGGAAUCGGCGUAGGUGCUGUGGUAGGGGUCAUCGCGCUGGUCAUCCUCGGGUUCUUCUUUUGGCGUAGGAAGCGCAAGCAGCAGCGAAGGGCAGGAGAAACUGUGCCAGUCGUCGAAGAAUAUCAUGCAAGGCCUCUUAAGACGAAUAAAUUCACGUCUCCCGCGCCGCGAUAUCACGAGCUUUACGUACACCAGCAUGGUAGGAAUCGGCAAGAAGUGAUAGAGCUGCCUGUUCCACAGUACUAUGCUGAGCUGGAUGGAAGUAGGCCGGCAUCAAGGUUAGAUAGUUUAGGUCGGGCUACAAGGUGA